AUGGGGAGGACGAAAAGGGUGCGCCGUAGGAAGCGGGCCGUGUCUGCCGAGAGCUCGGUUGAUGUCGAUGGCCGGCUGGCCGAGCUGGUGGGCUGGAUGCGGCGCCACCGGUGGUCGGGACCGGGCCCUCUGAGGCCGGCCCUGUUCCCGGACACGGGCCGCGGCCUGCUGAGCCGGCGACCGCUGCAGCCCGGCGCCACGCUCGUCUCGAUCCCGCUGUCGCUGCUGGUCAGCUCGGCAACGGCGCUGCGCUCGGAGCUGGGCGCGGCGCUGCGGGCCGCCCGGCCGGCCGUCUCGGCCCAGCUGGCCGUCAGCCUGUGGCUGGCGCUGGAGCGGCGGCGCGGCGCCGACUCCGGCUGGCGGCCGUACCUGGCCUCGCUGCCGAGCGCCUACACGACGCCGGCGUACUGCGAGCCGCGCGAGCUGAGCGCCGACCUGCUGCCGGAGGCGCUGCUCUCGGCGGCGCGACUUCAGCACGCCGCUGUUCGUCGAAAUCUACUGCGUGCCCGGCGGCUGCUGCGCGAAACAUCAGCACCGUGCGUGGCCGGCUGGGAGCUCUCAGAAGAGGAGCUCCGACACGCCUGGGUGACGGUGAAGACACGCGCCAUGUGCGUGGAGCCGGAGGAGGACCUCGGAAACGCGCCGUCCGGCCUCAAAGACGAUAACUGCGCGCUCGCACCGUUCCUGGACCUCUUCAACCACCGGCCGGGCGCUACCGUCUACAGUAGCGUCUCCGACGGCUGCUAUCGGCUGAUGACGGAGCACGGCGUAGCCGCCGGCGAGCAGGUCUUCAUCGACUACGGCCCGCGUGACAACCUGCAGCUGGUGCUCGACUACGGGUUUGUGGUGCCGGGCAACGAGCGAGACGCAGUGCCGGUGCCGGCCGAGUGGGUGCCGCUGCCUGUGGCGGCUCAGCGCGCGGCCGACGACGCUCGCCUGCGCUCCUUUCUGUCCGUGGGUCGUGAGGGCUACUCCCGCGAUCUUCUGACGCGGCUGUACCUGGCGGCGCUCCCGGAGCAAGAGUUGGCCACCGUGGACGGCCAGGAGGUGCAGUGUAUGAGCCUGCAGGAGCUGACUGCUCCGUCGGCGGUGCGCCGCGCGCUGGCCGCCCUGCUGGUGCGCCUGGUGCGGCACCUGGAGUCGUGUCUGGCGGCGCAGCGCGCCCUGCCGGCGCCCAGUGACGCGCUGCGGGUCUGCUCGGCGCUGCUGCGCGAGUGGCUGCUGGUGCUGCAGGGCCACGUAUGGGAGCUGGACCGGCGGCCCGGCGCCGACGGUGUGGUGCGGCCCGUGUACGGCACGCGGCUGGGCGAUGUCGUCACAGAGAGCGUCAUUCAUGGCGCGGGCGGGGAGCUCACCGUGGAGGUGUGUGCUGAUGGCUAG